AUGGCAUCACAAGGGUUUUUCAAGUACACACAGUUACAACCAUUGUUGAACAUGACUAGAGUGGUCAAUAUACUACCAGGAGAUCAUUCAUCGCCGAUUCAGUGCGAAGUAAGGGCGAUAAAUCUUGAUAAGCCUCCGCCAUACUGUGCACUGUCAUACGUCUGGGGCAAACACUCAAAAGGCUACAAAAUAUUCAUAGACCAAACAGAGAUGGGUGUUACGCAAAGUCUGUAUGAAGCCCUGCAACAUUUGCGCUCACAUGAGGAGACUCGCACAUUUUGGAUUGACGCUAUAUGCAUUAACCAGCUAGACAUUGCGGAGAAGAGCGCCCAAGUCCGAAAAAUGCAGCAGAUAUAUGGGCGGUCCAGAGGAGUCCUGAUUUGGCUUGGGCCCGAAGGAGAUGGAAGCGCCUCAGCGCUAGCGCUAGCAUCCACAAUCUCAGCAUACUGGUCAGAUCAGGGGCUCAAUCUCAGUGAUGCUGAGUCGGAGUUUCGGAGUAAGAGUUUAGCUGAUUUGUCCACUCUUUUGGAUGAGUGCAACUCCAAAUUUGAUACUACACCUGUAGAAGCGUUCAGAUCCCUGAUUACUCGGGAUUGGUUCGAACGGGUAUGGACGGUUCAAGAGGCGGCGGCACCCGUCAAAACGAAGACUAUCCAGUGUGGAGACUCUAAGAUCGAUUGGUGGAGUUUUAUUGCUGCGGCCAAAUUUCUUUCUCAUGCCAUUCAACGACCGGAUCUGAAAGUGUAUUUCCCAAACACUAGUGCUCUCGGCACCACCUCUAUGCGCGGGCUCUUCAAUCUGGAUCAUCUUCAAAGAUUGAUUGGGGGUGGGAAGUAUCAAGCAGAUCUCCUAGGAACGCUUGCCAAUUAUCGACACUACAAGGCUACAGACCCAAGGGACAAGGUAUAUGCAUUGCUGGGUUUAGUCACCGAAGCCUUGACGGAUAUCUUGGUUUGCGAUUACGUUCUAGAUCUCCCGACUGUUUACUCCAAAGUGGCUGAACAUUGCAUAUUGCAUCGAGGUUCUCUUGAAUGUUUGGGCUAUUGCAAUCCUUCCUCGCGGGACCUUGACUUACCUUCGUGGGUCCCGAACUGGCGCGAUCCUAGCGUUAGACAUCCUUUAGCCUAUCUUUCAAAGCACAGACCAAGUAUCUGCGCUUCAGAUCCCGCAGCGAAAAGGAUUUACUCCUCUAGUGCUGAUGUUACGUCUCAGAAACGUCAUCUAUCCUUCUCAAAAAUUCAAAAACCGAAGCUCGUUACUGAAGGAUUCUGUAUAGGCAAGGCUGUGGCCACCGGUCUUCCAUACUACCAAGAUGCACAUCGCGACUCCGAGAGCGACGUCAUAAAGGGAUGGGAGCCGGAGAACCUCCAAGGUGUUUACGAACCAACCGGCGAGACAAUUCUUGAGGCUUUCAGCCGUACCAUCGUGGCCGACGUUGCCAAGAAAGGACCUCUGAGGGAGCGAGGCUACAGUGUUGAUUGGAGUUUCUGGCGUUCUAUAAAAGACUACACACAACAACCCGCAUCACCCCAGCGGCGAGUUGAAUGGGGCUCUCUUCUUUUCGCAACAGUUGGUAGGAGUUUUGUCUUGUCAGAUAGGGGCUACAUGUGCUUGGCUCCGGGGGAAACUCGGCCUGGCGAUGAGAUUUGUCUCCUCCUUGGAGGCCACGUUUUCUACAUUCUCCGCCCAGUCGGCGAAAGCUGGUCUUUUGUCGGCGAGUGCUAUGUUCAUGGGUUCAUGGAUGGCGAAGCGAUGAGUCUCCUUGUGAAUGGAACCUUUGAGCUUCAGGAAUUUACGAUCGUUUAG